AUUCGGAGUAGAACAUGGCGGCCAUCGUUACCAGAAGUACGCCACCUUGCUUCCCGUUACUAAGCAUACGUACUUAAGACACAGACUUUCAACAUGGGAACUUUUUACGGCCAGAAAAUGUGCUCUACAGUUACCAUUUUGCUGAGCCAGUACCAUGGAGGGCCACACUAGGAAAAAGUUUUGUAAAUUCUUCGGCCCAUUAAUACUCAUCUACUUCAUCUAUAAAGAUGGCAUCCGAUUUUAAGCAGACUGAAAAAGAGUCAGUUUCUGUAGAUAACAAACUAUCAACUACUUCCCGUGGGUCAAGCGCCAGUUCUGCUGGCUCCCAUAGAAACCCAAACCUCCUCCGAAGUUACCACAAUCUUGCCAUGCAUCUCUUCAACACUGGGCCAGAACGGGAAGUGGAAAAACUGUUUCUUGUAGCCGCACGCGAUGGCCAGUAUGACCGUGUUGAGAACUUCCUACAACGGCGUUCUCAUGAGAUUGUAAAUAUUGAUGUGAAAGACCCGGUGACUGGUAACACGCCGCUCAUAUGGGCCGCUAAACACGGUCAUGAGAAAAUUGUCCAGUUACUACUCAAGUAUGGUGCUGACGUGACUUUGAACAAUUGUGAACAUCAAACAGCCGUAGGGGUUGCACAGCCGAACAUUCGUCGAAUCCUCAUAAAUUCUGUGGAUCGUACCGGAAGUUCUCCUCGACACCUGUUACAAGCGGCGUGGCAGGGUAAUCUAAAAGUGGUGCAGAAACUCUUGAAAGAAAGUCGAGUGCUAGAUAUUAAUUGUCGAAAUGCAGAUAGCCUCACCCCGUUGCUACUGGUAACAAGAGAUGUUGAUGUCUUCCAUAAACUGGGGGAUGCUAUGAAGAAUUACAAUCCCGAAGCUGUUGUGGUGGAGCUGCUUCUCAAUCGUGCUGACCCCAAUGCAUCUGACAACGAAGGCCGUACAGCCCUGCACUACACAGCCUCCCUGAAAUGCAAACUAGCAGAGAAAGUUACCUUAGCCCUACUACAGGAUGGUUCACAAGUGGAAGUACGGGACAAACACUGUGUCACACCGGUGCACUUUGCAUCUCAGAAUGGACAGGUUGAGGUGCUACUAGCUUUAUUGGCCAAUGGUGCAAAUGUGAAUAUUCGCGGUUAUGCUGGUACCACACCGUUACAUGUUUCGGCCCAGGCCAACCAGUUUCAGUCAGUGAACACACUAUUAAACCAAGGAGCAGAUAUCACGCUUGUUGAUGACAGGGGUUUCACACCUGUUGAUGUUGCCCGCAACAAAAAGAUGAAAUCCACUUUGAAAGAUGCCUGGAUGGAAGCAACUUCUAACAAACAGGAACAGACUGUGCUUAGUCCAGUCAAACCACCCUCAAGGGCCUCACUGAGCCGUAUUUCUAUUGAUGAGAAGACGCCUAGGGGGACACCAAGAGAUGUUCAUAUCAAUUCUCCUGAUAAAGUAAAUAUUGUUCAGAAGAUGACUGAAGCCCACAAAGCAUUGAAGGCUGAGGAACAGAUACUAAAGGACUUAGAGGCCGACCACUUUCCUCCUGGUUUGACGAGCAAGAAGCUAAAAACACCAAUCCCUCCAAAAACACCGAAGUCUGAAAAGACAACAGCAGGAUCAUCGUCAAGUAAUCCAGCUCCCCUCCUGGAUAGAUCAAAGACAAAACGAUCACUCUUAUUUGAGAGCAGGGUAAAAGGAGAGGCAGAGAUAGGUCACAAGGCUAGUACAAAGGGACACCAGAAACUUGCUCAGAGACAUUCGGAUCCAACAAGACCGGAUCAAAAUUUGGUUCCUGUUACAAUAGUUGGAUUAGAUUUAGAUGAACAUGCAGAUGAUAUGCGAUUGCAAAGGCUACUGAACAGUCCAAUUAAUGGUUUCUUAGAGCGUCAGAAGAAGAGGGGCUCUCUGCCAGAAGUGAAUCCUUUGCCAUCUUACAGAAGUGCAAUGAGGCGAAAGUCUACACCCAAUAAACAAACUAUAUCAGAGGUGUUGGAGGUGGUAAAUGACUAUCAAAAGCAAGAUCAAAUUCAAGUUUGUUUCACUAGUCCAAGUCCAUUAAAUGACGGCGGGAAAUUACACCCUUUCUCUAGAACAGUGCUGCCGCCCUCUCCAGGUCUACAAUUGGAAUCACAGCAUAUUAUUCAAGAAACCAUCUUUGAAUUUGAUAGUGAGAAUGAAGGAAGCCAGUCAGCGCUAACUGGAAAGAGAAGGUUACAAAAUCCUAAACCAGACUCAGGCAAUCAUUUGAAUUUAUCAAGAGCUGGAACUUUGAUGAGCCAGAAACGCACAUUCAAUAUUGAAAUGUCUCGCGUAAAAAGUAGCUCUGAGUCAGAUCAGAGCUCUAGUCAGUCGAGUAUGAGCUGCACCAGUUCAAGUAUGAGUAGCUUCUCAACACCGAGUCCUCAGGACAGUCCCAGAGUCGAUUUAAUAUCAAAUAAUCAGAACUUUCGUACUUCAAACAGAAUGGGAGUUAAGAUGACACCUGCAGCAACUGUGACUCAAAAAGAGUCAUCUGAGAUGAUGGAGGUUAAGGAUGUUGAGAGGACAAGUGAUAGUGUACUGGAGUCUGAUCAGGAUUCCGGAGUUGUAAGCUCCUCUUCUUCACCACCAAGAAAACGAAGCAACACAGCAGGAGCAUCAAAAAAAGACAGAGUCCUUCUGAGAGAGGUUUCUGAAGAUUUUACAGCCAAGGUUUUCCCAGUUGAUUGCGAUUCACAUUUGGAUAAAAACCUUGGCUCUAACAAACCGACGAAUGACGUCAUUCAUGUUAACUUUAUCACAUCCUCAGAACCAGCAAAGACAAUGAAUAAAAAUGCAUCCUCUGACUGUAAUGUUUCUAACACUUCAAAGAAUAGUAGUGGAAAAGUGAAUUCAAAUACUACUAAUAUUUUAUCCUCAGAAAAAUUAACUAAACCGAAGCAGAAACAAUCUCCAAGAGUAGCUACCUCAGCUAAGUCAAGCUUUCUAAUACAAGAAUCAAAUAAAGGUUGUGAUAAAAUCAGUAACAGAACUGUGUCUAAGUCUGCUGGAGCAGUGAAAGUUUCUGUAACCUGUGACACUGUUAAGAAUAAGCUGGAGACACUGAAUCCAGCACCAGUUAUCUCAAAGACAUCACCGACAACCAAGCCAUCACCAAAGCUUUCUAGUGGUACACCAAGUGUAGCUAACAGCUUUUCUAGACUACCUAAAGAGGACUUGGCAUCAGCUACUGAUGUAUCUACAAUUAAAAAUGAUGCAAAUUAUGAAGUUGUAACAAUUAAAAAUGACAACAGUAUUAAACCCAAUAAUGUUAACCCAUUGAAUAUCAUCAGUGUCAAACAUAUAGAAAAAUCUUUAAAGAAUGAUGCAAAAGAUGGCUGUGUAAGUGAAACACUGGCUACAAAGCAUAAUAAAAAUAUAGAGAAUGCGGAGGACAAGCCAACUGAAAGUGCCACCAAUAAAGUCGUAGAUACAACAACUGCACUAGAAGCAAACAAACCCAGUAAUACUUGUAUAGUAGACAAGAGCUGUGUUACACAUCACAAAAAUGAACAUUCAUCAAGUAAGAAACAAACUUCAAAUAAUGUCACCAAUAAAAAUGUGGAAGUCGUUAUUAGGCAUUCAGAAAAACAGAAAGCUGACAAAACUCAAACAUCUUCAAAUACCAGUCUUGCCACUCAGACAGUAAAGAAUGUCCCAGAGAAGAUCAUCAUCAUUCAGGCAGGAGAUACUCCGAAGCCUCAUAUUUUGGGUAAAAAGCUUGAGAUGCAGGACAGGCCUGCAGAAAAAUGUAAAACAGAAGAAGCUAGUACAGCGAAACUCACACCAAGGAUUCCAUCUGCACCUAAACCAGCUGGACCAGGAAGACCAAAAUCGCAAUUCAAGUCACCAGAAACCUCACCUCGUAUAAAAGAAGAAUCAGGAAAAAAGAAGCCAGCUCCAAGUGGAGUAAUAUCUGGAAAGGACAACAAGGUUCAUAACACUCCAGUUAUUUGUGAUAUGUUUGAAAACAUGAAAACUGAAGUAGAAAUAUCUAAAGGUGCUAAGACUGUUACAGAAAGGAAGAAAGUAUUAAAACAAAAUGGGCGUAAUAAUUCGGGGAAACAAAAGAGAUCACAGAGUGCGCCAAAAGAUAAAGCUCUGAAGGAAUCUAGUAAAGUGGCAAAUAAAGGAAAUCCUGCCAGCCAGAGUUCUUCUGUUAAUAAGAAAAAGAAGAUCUCCAAGGAAAAGCCUGAUGUCACUGGUAAAACUAAAGGAAAGCCAAAGACUUGUAAGGCUGUAGAGGUAAACCAAGAACGCAAGAAAACACCCAAGAAGAGAAAAAAGAAACCAAAUGAAGACACAAUGGUUGUUAAAGAUGCUGAUGCUAAUACAACAGCAUUUAUUUCUGGACAAGGUUGGCAUAUAAAAACAAAGAAAAACGAGUCGGACAAUGUUAUUAUCCACAACCAAUUACUGAUGGAUGAUUCUUCCGAUUCAGAAGGGAGUAUAAAAUUGAGCCCGCACAACACUUUAAAGAUACAAGAGGUGGCAAAGAUGCGCUCCAUGACCCAGGAACAAGUUUGCAACUUUAAGAAUGUUAUGAGCCCUCUGGAGGCAAAUACCCCCAAGUAUAUACCUGAUACAAUGGGGACAAUCAAGACAUUUAUUGCAAAUGCUUUGAAGGAUGAUUGUAAUAAUUUACAUAAUCAGCUUAGUACAAGGCAAUUCAGCUUUGAGGAAAAUGAAAUGAAAUCAAUAUGUGAAGCAAAAGAAAAAGAAAUUUUAUUGAGAAAGAAAGGAAAUAAAGACAUUGUAGAGGGACCAGUUAAAGGAUUAGCCUCUAACCUUUUAACCCCAAGGUCUGAAGUUGACAAUUUAAGUUUGUACAGUGAAUCCUCAUAUGACACUAAUCCUGAAUUGCUGAAAGUUUUUAAAAUUCCUGAUCAUGUUGAUAAUGAAGAACAAGAAGUAAUUGAAUCGGAUGUAGAGGAAAUAGAGGUGGAACCAGUCCACUUUGUUGAAGAAGCAGUGAAAGAACAUGUAAUGAAUCCUGUGAUGGAAAAACACAUUAAUAAUGAUUCUAAUAAGCACCUUCAGGCUGAUGCAUCUUCAGAAUCUCCUGGCACCAGGAAUUCAUCAGCUACUAGUACAAGUUCUCGGGUUUCUUCCAGUACGAUCAGAAAGACAAAAGCUACAAAAGACUGUGAAGCUGAACUUGCCAAUAAACCUCCACUUCCAUCACACCAACCCAAGAAAUUGCCAAAAAGUGCCUUCAAAAAGCGCUACAGUGAACCAGUUAUUAACUACUCUCAGGAUGAAUAUGAUGAACUAGAUAAAGAAUACUUUGACGAGCGUGUGAGAAAAUAUUCAGCUGGGGUGAGGGAAAAAAAUAUGAGUGUGGAACCGAAAGAGAAAGUUAGUUCCUCCACAGCAAACUGCAAUCUAGAUGAAGGAUGUCAAAAGGAAGCAGGGAAGGAUAAAAUAAAUGAAUUUUCAAUUCUUGAUGGAAAAAGCUUGCCAAAUGACAGUAAAGUCAACAACACUGUAGAUAGAAACCAAUCUGAAUCAGAUGUGUUUGAUGACCACAAAAAUAAUCUUCAGAAUGUGCAGAGAGCAGAAAACCCUGUUAAUCAAUUGUCUGCUGACAACCCUGAUAAGAUUCUUGUAGACACAGACUUCUUACCACCAAUUAAUUUGCAACGACCUUCUGAAGGUUCUGAUGAAGAAAUUGACUUAUUAAAUGAUAGUCUGACUCUGUCUAUUAUGAGUGAUGUUCUUGAGAAGACACUCAAUGAAGCAUCAAGAACAGGAUCUUCCUGGUCUGCUGACAGUGUGACAAGAACAAGUAUUCUUGGUAAAGGAAGGUCACACUCGAGUCGAGUGAGUAGCAGCGAUCGUAGUCACAGUUCUAGUACAAGCGUAUCCGAAACAGAAGAAGAAUUACUGCACUGGAAAAAAGGAAACAUACUUGGAAAAGGCGCAUUUGGCCAGGUAAGAAAUAAUGUACAAAACAUAUUUCUUCCUGGCGUUUUUAUCUGGUUUAUCAAAUUUGCCCAUUUUUAUACAAAGACAACACUGUUGCAACUAAAGCCUGAUAGACUCCUCUUCAGCACACAACGCUCCUGUCAUCUUUAUAUCAGGGACAUAAAAGGUGCCAAUAUUAUGCUGAUGUCAAAUGGUAUCAUAAAGUUGAUUGACUUUGGGUGUGCCAAGCGCCUUUGCAUUAAUCUAAGCCAAAGCCAGAGUCUUCUGAUGUCGAUGCGAGGAACACCCUACUGGAUGGCUCCGGAAGUGAUCAUGGAAACAGGGCAUGGAACCAAAUCUGACAUAUGGAGCAUAGGGUGUACUGUAUUUGAAAUGGCCACUCGAAAGCCUCCAUGGGCGGAGAUGCCUCCUAUGACGGCAAUAUAUUCUAUAGGAUCAGGUUCUGGUCCUGUGCCUCAACUGCCUGAACAGUUCUCAAAAGAAGCUAAAAGCUUUGUUAGCGUGUGUCUUUUAAGAAAUCAAAAUGAAAGACCAACAGCUACUGAUUUGUUGAAACAUGCAUUUAUCCGGAAACGGCGCGAGCGUGGACGAGAUCGAUUUAGCACACGCAUAUCUUCAUCAACGUUUGAAGAGGGGAACAUCAACUUCAAAGAGAAACCAAAAUCUGAGGUUACCAAAGACAAGAACUCCAAGAAACCUAUUUAUGACUUCUCUUAGUAAUGGUGGCAAUAGGAUUUUCCCCAAACGGGGAUAAGCUCUCUGACAGGGGGCUUGAUAUAUUUCUAAAGGGGAAGUGGGGACCAAGGGCAAAGCCCUGGUGUCGACCUAGUAAAUAAGGCAAAUUUAUACCAUUUUAAGCUCUUUUGAGAAGUUUUAGCACAUACUAAGACCAUUUUAUAAAGGAUGCCAUAAAUGCCUUAUUUCUGUCUGUUAACUUAUUGCAAUAUUAAUAUGUGUGUUUGUUGGGGUAGAGGGUGUAUAUAUGUAUGAUGCAGAGGUUUGUCUGAUAUAUAAUUAAAAUACUAUAGUUGGAUAUAUUAUUAGUUGAGGGUGGGGUGGGAUAAAACCUGAGACAAAAUAUAAGUUAAAAAAGACUUUUCUGAACAGCAUUCUUUUUCUGAUAUUAUAUUUAAGUCUCGGAACGUCAAGACUUUCUCUACUACAACAGUUCUUUUCAGAACUACCUACGUGGUGUAUCGCAAGCUUCAACAUAUAUGUUAUUACUUCGCCAUGCAAACCUUUAAACAAUACUGAUAUUUAUUAUUAUUAUUAUUGUUAUUAUUAUUAUUAUUAUUAUUAUUAUUAUUAUUAAGAGGCAAUUGUAAAAUUGAAUUGAUUUCCUGAUAGGGCUUCCCAGAAAUUAAAGGUGUUUCUAUGUGUUUGCUAUCAGUACUUUGUACAAUCACAGAUACCAAGAGUAGUAUCUUGUGAUGCGUGACCUAGGUGGGGGAACAGGGUCCCCUUAAAUUCUGCCUUGUUAUAAACAUUCCAGUGAUUUAGGCUAUGCAUACUCAAGUUGUGUUAUAUCCGUCCAUGAUGAAAAUCUAAUUUGAUUCCAAACUGAACAUUCCUGCCUGGAUGUAUUGUGAUGAAAAUAUGGGAAAAAAUAUAUAUGGUAAUGCAAAACAAUUAGAGUAAUUACUAUUUUUAACCAUAGUAAAACCUCACUGGAGCUCCAACGAUACAGUUAAUGACAUCAUUUGUAUAAGGACUUGGUUCUACCAUCCAAACCAUAAUUUUUAAGUCUUUGAAAUUUACUAUAAACCAUAGGCAUAUGCAAAUUUAAUCAUGUGCACUUAAAAUAUCAACCAGGACAUCCUUCUUAGAAAAGUAGGGGAAGAGUAAGGGUUCACCCCUGUGCUCUAAUCAUAUGUGCUUAGUUGAAAUUUGUAGGAUUGAGUUCGUCCAAGCCCUUUUUAACUGCAAAGAAAAGGCUCUACUCGUAACAUCGAUCAUAAAAUUGCAUUAACGAAAGUAUAUCAAUUACAGAGGAGGCUGGGAUUACGUGUACACUUUGAGACUUCGGUAUAUACUUCAUCAUGCAGUGUUAUUCGAUGAAAAUAACAUAAUUAUUUUGAUUAAAUAAUUAAUUAUUUAAAUUAAAAACUUAGGCAAAAGGAUGUUAUGUUAAUGUUUGAUGUAUUACAAAGCUCAUGCAGUACAUCAUGUUUUUGUCUAUAAAGUUCUUUCGAGAGGCAUAGCCUACUGUGUUGUGGCAACAUAUCAUUGUAUACCUAAAACAGGUAUCAGUAUGUAUAAAUAGGCUUAUCUUGAUAUUUGAUAAUAAACAUUAUAGAUUUUUUUUACACAGUAUUAAAAAUCAUGUGUUGAGAAAUCAUCUUGGGAGAGGCAUAACCUUCCAUGUUAUAAUGACAUAUCAUACUGUUAGAACAGGUCAAAAUGAUUUAUAUCUAGAUUUUUGAAAACUUUACCAAUUGAUGAAGAUUAGGUAAAUGCUUUAUUGCUAUAUAUACCAGCAUGUACACUCUAAAAUGUAUACAUUGCAUUUGUUUCACAUGGUGCUUAUUGUUAAGUAUUGUGUACAAAAAAAUAUAACAAAGUACUGAGAAGUACCAAAAAUUUAUGAUAAACAUAAAAAUCAAGGUGCAAGUUUUUGUGGAUAUUGCACUAGAGCUGUGUGGAUAUUGUGGAAGGCAUUAUGAAGUAACUUUUUAUGUAUUGAAGUGGGAGUAAUAUUGUUAAAGAUAUUGCACAAUAAUUUUCAAUGGUGAACUGACUAGUAGUCAUAAUUUAUAAUCAUCCAUACCUUUUGGUGCUGUGUUUUAUAACAAUAGGCCUGCAGUAGGUUAUAUGUUUUUUAUGCAGUUUUAUUUUAUGAAACACAUGGUGCAUACUUUUUUAGGCAGUGUUUAUAGCUACACCAGUCUUCAAUGAAUGCCUAAUUCUGAUUGGAUGUUAUUGUUCUUAUCCAGCCCAUGCAUUCAAUAACACCCAAUCACAGUUAAGAAUUCUUUCAAGACUGGUGUAACUAUAGACAUUGCCUACUUUUUAAUGUUUGUCAGAUUGCAAUGGUUGAAAAAUUGUUGCUCAAUGCUCUCUGUUGCUCUUAUUUUAUUACUGUGCAGGUAUUAAUCAGUGUACUGCACACAUACACAGCACAUUUUUUAGUACUCUGUAUUUAUCCUUUGAAUAAAAAUAUAAUAUCUAUUGCCUCCUAUCCUGUGAUUAGCUCAUUGGCUGUGAAGUAGCACAUAGCCUUUGCAUGUACAGACUGCAAAAGGGGCACUUAAGCCUGCCAUUGUCUGUGUAGCCAGCCAUGGGCUCAAGUGGGAAACAUUCUUGAUGUGUUGUACAACUGAAUUUUUUUGAAAGACACAGAAGGGGUGGUUGAAGUAGUAAUUGGGAACAGAUAAUAAGAUAAAGCUUUUCGAAUAUUUAAAAACUGGGGGACGUUACGCUUAGUGGUGGCGCCAGUGGGGGAGGGGCAGCAGGGGGAAUUUGCCCUCCCGUCGGACAUGCCUGAACCCCCUAUCGUCCGAUGCACGAGUAGUUUUUCAGAUCGAUAUCCAAAUAACGUUAUUUUGUUUGCCAAUCCCUAAUAUUGUGGUCUAAAGGAACAUUUUGGGCGAUAACAACCCAUAAAAACCCUAGUGAACCUACCAGGGAUGGUUUUAUUCUGGGCCGUCAACCAAGGCUCUGGUCAGCACCCCUUGGUUCCAACCCCUGUGUCUGACCCCUUGUUGGCAAAUUUCUGGUGCCACCGCUGUUUACGCUGCCUUCUCCCCAGUUUUUAAAUAUUCAAAAUUCAUUGAAACUAAUUUUUAUUCGAUCUUUUGACUUAUUGAAAGUUCUUUUAAAUGAACUAUUAAAAUAUUCAUCCUUGAUUUAUGAGGGUUGACUUAUUGGGUGGCAGUAUCUUCUUUAAUAUGUAGAGAAAAAUAUUGGUAUUAUUUUACGUAUGUAUCUUGUACAAAUUGUUUGUAUAUAAUUAUUAACAAGUUAUCUUCCGCUUGGCUACUGGUGUGGCAGUGAAUUGUUUUAUUUAUUGAACAUGUAAAAAUUCUUUGUUUUCAUUGUCAUUUUUACAAAAUAAAAAUUGUUUUUAGAAAUGUUU